AAAGUAGCCUCUUGUCUCUGCUGUCACCGCCGCGGAGCCAGGCGGAUGUUGGUGAGCACUGCAGACGCUGAAGUGCAAGAUUCAGCAGGGUUGUGGAGAGUGUGAGAGUGUGGAGGAGGAGAGAGGCAGACUGUCUCCCUCCUUCAGCCGCUGGGCUUCUCUGCAGUAAACUUACACUUCAUCAUGGAUCUCUGGAGUAAAAAAGUCUGGGGAAUUAUUACACAGGUCACCCUGAUACUUCUCAGCUCGCACGAGGCAACACGAGGAGAGGUGUGUCACAGUCCGCUGGUGUCCAGUCUGCUGCCAUCGUCCUUCAGAAGCUCCUCGCAGUUAUCAGGCAGCCACGGGCCGGGCUUCGCUAAGCUCAACCGGAGAGAAGGAGCUGGAGGUUGGUCUCCUCUGAGCUCAGACAGAUACCAGUGGUUGGAGGUCGACCUCGGUGGGCGGACACAGAUCACUGCUGUUGCAACGCAGGGCCGCUACGGCAGCUCUGAUUGGUUGACGGACUACCUGCUGAUGUUCAGUGACACAGGACACAACUGGAAACAGUAUCGCCAGGAAGACAGCAUUGGGGCUUUCCCCGGGAACAGUAACGCAGACAGCGUGGUCCAGCACAAGCUCCAGCAUCCGGUGAUCGCCCGCUACGUCCGCCUCAUCCCCCUGGACUGGAAUCCGAAUGGACGGAUUGGACUCAGGCUGGAGACCUACGGAUGUCCUCACAACUCUGACGUGGUGAGCUUGGACGGCCGCAGCAGCCUCCUCUACAGGCUCAGUCCCCGGCCGAGGCGGAUCACCAGGGAGAGCAUCUCUCUGUCAUUUAAGACCCUGAGGAACUCUGGGACACUGCUGCACGCAGAGGGACAGAGCGAGCACAGCCUCAGCCUGCAGUUAGAGAAAGGAAAGCUUCUGCUGCUCCUCCGAAAAGGCAGGACUUCUUCUCCUGACAGCCAGCAUCUGGUGUCUCUGGGCAGCCUGUUGGACGACCAACACUGGCACCACGUUGCUGUGGAGCAUCACAGCACUCACCUCAACCUCACCGUGGACAAAAGCAUUCUGUGGGUGCAGAUCCCUCCGAGAUUCACCCACUGGGACCACGACCAGAUGAGUGUUGGAGCAGAGCACAGUCUCAGCUCUCGGAGGUCGGUUGGGUCAAACAGAAACUUCCACGGCUGUUUGGAAAACCUGGUUUACAACGGCGUGAACAUGGUUGAUCUCGCAAAACAGAGAGACCAGCGGGUCACUGUGAAGGGCAAUGUGACCUUUUCUUGUGCCGAACCCGUUUUUGUUGCCGUGACGUUCACCAGCCCCCAGAGCUUCCUCUGGUUGCCAGGGGUAACAGAGCUGUCGUCAGCGGGCACAUCGGUGGGGCUUCAGUUUCGGACGUGGAACAAGGCGGGGCUGCUGCUCACCUUUGACCUCCCAAAGCGGGGCGGUGCGGUGUGGCUCUACCUGAGCAAGGCCAGGCUCCAUCUGCAGAUCCACAAGUCUGGCAGGGCGCCGCUGGAGCUCAGCGCAGGUUCAGCCCUGAAUGACGGCCAGUGGCACUCUGUGGAGCUGAUCUCCAGACGAGGACAUCUGACUGUCUCUGUGGACGGAGGUGAAGGAGCCACCGCUCACGCCAGCCCACCGUUUGUUGUUUCAACAGGAAGUCAACUUUUCUUUGGUGGUUGUCCCUCUGAGGGGAGCAGCCAGGAGUGUAUGAACCCCUUCAAGGCUUUCCAGGGCUGCAUGCGUCUGCUGACUGUGGACAACCAGCCGGUCGACUUGAUCGUGGUGCAGCGGAGGCUGAUGGGAAACUACAGUAACCUGCAGAUCGACAUGUGUGGCAUCAUCGACAGGUGUUCUCCGAGUCACUGUGAACACGGCGGCAGCUGCAGUCAAUCCUGGAGCACCUUCCACUGUAACUGUUCCAGCACCGGCUACAGUGGAGCCACCUGUCACAGCUCGAUAUACGAGCAGUCCUGUGAGGCGUACAAACACAAAGGCAACACGUCGGGGUAUUACUACAUUGAUGUGGACGGCAGUGGACCCAUCAGACCACAGCGAAUAUACUGCAACAUGACGGAGGACGGGACAUGGAUGGUGGUCCAGCACAAUAACACGGAUCUGACGAGAGUCCGACCUUCGCCGGGGAAGAAUCACCACUCGGCUCACUUUGAAUACGUGUCCGAGGAGGAGCAGCUGGCGGUCAUCAUUAGCCAGUCAGAGCACUGUGAACAGGAACUGGCCUACCACUGCAGGAGGUCACGCCUCCUCAACACACCUGACGGCCCUGCGCUCAGCUGGUGGGUGGGAGGUCCAGGUGAAGGACAGGUGCAGACGUUUUGGGGCGGAGCUCCUCCAGGCAGCCAGCAGUGUUCCUGCGGCCUGCAGGAGAACUGUGUGGACAACAGACACUACUGCAACUGUGACGCUGACCUCUCUGAAUGGGCCAAUGACUCAGGCCUGCUGACCCAUAAGGAGAGCCUUCCUGUCAGAUCUCUGCUGCUGGGUGAUGUCCAGCGGCCAGGUUCAGAAGGUGCCUACAGAGUCGGACCUCUCCGUUGUCAUGGAGACAAAAAUGUCUGGAACGCUGCGUUUUUUGACAAGGAGACAUCGUACCUCCACUUUCCCACAUUCCACGGAGAGCUGAGCGCAGACAUCUCCUUCCUGUUUAAGACCACCUCAUCCUCUGGCGUUUUCCUGGAAAACCUGGGCAUCAAAGACUUCAUUCGGAUCGAACUCAGCUCCUCCACCGAGGUCCUCUUCUCCUUUGACGUGGGAAAUGGUCCGCUCGAGGUUCGUGUGAAGGCUGGCUUCCCGCUGAACGACAACAGGUGGCAUCGCAUUCGAGCCGAGCGGAACGUUAAAGAGGCUUCGCUUCGCCUCGACGAGCUCCCCGCUGCCACGCAGGAGGCUCCUGCUGAUGGGCACAUCCACCUGCAGCUGAACAGCCAGUUAUUUAUAGGAGGCACUGCGUCCAGGCAGAAGGGUUUCCGGGGUUGUAUUCGCUCUCUGCAGCUGAAUGGCGUCACGCUGGACCUGGAGGAGAGAGCCAAGAUCACCCCCGGGGUUCAGGCGGGGUGUCCAGGCCACUGCAGCAGCUACGGCUCACUCUGCCAGAACCAGGGUCGCUGCAUGGAAAGGCCCAACAGCUUCUCCUGUGACUGUGGUUCAUCUGCUUACACUGGAGCCUUCUGCGACAGAGAAGUUUCAGCCAGCUUCAAGUCGGGAACAUCCGUCAGCUACACCUUCAAGGAGGCGGCGCUGAGUGAACAGGUGAACAGGAGCAGCAGCGCCCUGCCCUCCUCCAUCUACUCUGACAUGACCCUGAGAGCAGAGAACGUCUCCCUGAGCUUCAGGACCAGCCAGAGUCCGGCUCUGCUCCUCUACGUCGGCUCGUACCACAGAGAGUAUCUGACUCUGCUGCUCAACAAGCACGACAUGUUGGAGGUGAGAUACAGAUUGGACGGUAACAAAGAUGCAGACAUCCUGAGGAGCAAAGUGAGGAACCUUGCCAACGGACAGCUACACGCGGUCACCAUCAGCAGGCUCUCCGACACUGUCUCUGUGCAGAUUGACCGGAACACCAAGGAGAACUUCAACCUGACAUCUGAUGUAGAAUUCAAUGCCGUCAGGUCGCUGGUUCUCGGCAGAGUGCACGACUCUGGUGAGUUGGAUCCAGAGCUGUCUCGGCUCGUCUCUCUGGGUUUCACAGGCUGUCUUUCCGCUGUCCUCUUUAACUCCAUCAGUCCUCUGAAAGCUGCUCUGCUCCACGCGGACACCAGCCCUGUCGUCGUUACCGGCCCACUGGUCCAGUCACACUGUGGCUCCACUUCAGCCAAUCCCUACGCAGCAGAGACCACACAUCACCUUUCAGGCCAGUCUGGAUCAGUGGGAACAGGUCAGCCUCUGGUGAAUGCCAUCAGGAGUGACUCAGCUCUAAUUGGAGGUGUGAUUGCGGUGGUGAUCUUUGUGACUGUGUCUGCACUGGCUGUAAUGGCCCGAGUCCUGUACAGGAGGAAAGGGACGUGUCAGAGCCAGGAAGUAAAGACAGUAAAGGCUGAAGACAGUCCAGAGCUGGCGCUCAGAGGCCAUGCCAGCUCACAGAACGGCCCGAGCGAGAGCCAGAAGGAAUAUUUUAUUUAGGUAGAGUUUCGACCUGCUGCUGACCCGGCAGCGCUGGAGCUGAUCAGAUGGACAGAAGGACGGACAGAGACGGAGAUGCCUUGUCAAGCCUCAGUGCUUUACACCACAGACUGAGCCCGAGCAGAGGCUCAACAAGAAGACACACAGAAACACACUCGUGUUUGGUCUUCUCUUGUGCUGGUUUUGCUUCUGUGGUUGUAUUUUUGUAAAGACUGUACAUACCCGCACAAGAACAAAGUGUUGAGUUUAUAACAUGUCAGUACUGUCAGUAGACAUGUAAAUAUUUAAUGACAUAAAUCUUAAAGAUGACUUUAUAUCAGUCUGUCCUUCCUCUGUCCUGCUGAACUCUUUGAGAUGGUUGUAUGUAUUUUUCACAGAGCUGUUAGUGCGACAGUUAAAACAGCUUUGAGGUGAUUUUCCGACACGGAUGAUGAUCGUUUGCUGCUGUGAGUGACUGAGCCCAGGUCAGUGAAUUUCCAGUGUUUUGUUUUGUAUUUAUUUUUCUGCACCCUCUGGAUGAACUGUGUCGAAGCAGAACGUAACUUCUUUUCUCACCACAAUUCUCUUUCAAGCAUCAUUUGCUGCUCAGAGCAAAACUUUAGUCAUAUUUAUUUUCUUUUUCCUCCUCUGAGUAGUGAAGGUACUGAUGGAGUGCAGUUGGUGCUUCUCAAGUCAAGAAAGGAUCCUGAAACAGCAGAUUUUCAAGGAGGUUACGUCAUCGAAUCCUGCCAAAGGACUGUUCUAAUGUCAAUGAUCUUUCAAAUACUACCAAGGACAGAGUCCGUCCUAAAAAUACAUGUGUGUAUUCUCUGCAGGCAUGAAGUACCCACAAUUCUUUGCGCACAAUUUGCCAGAAUUGAAGGUGGGGCCUCUUUAAUGACACACACCUGGGUGCUCACUGUCCUGCUCCGAUGUGUGCUCACCGAAUACAAGGAAGCAGUCUUUCCUUGCCUCUGUAGGACCUGACUGCAAAGGAUCCGUCCCACCAAGGAAGCAUCCUGUGAGAAGCACCUACAGUUGCUGUGGACUUUCUGUUCCCAACGUCACUCCACUUGAAACAUGUUAUUUAUCUUUUAAACAAGUGUUUGUAAAUGAACGGCAGAUUUUGAGACAUGAAACAAGUGCGAAAGAUUUUUAGGAUUAUUCAGAUAAUAUUUUUGUCGGAGUACUGAAUGUCAUCGAACAACCUCGUCUCACUCCGAAGUCGUCGAAAUCCAGCGUUUGAGCAGUGACUUGGGUGUUAGCCAACUAUAGACCAAUAUCUAAUCUUCCCUUUAUGUCAAAGAUCCUUGAGAAAGUAGUCGCAGACCAGCUGUGUGAUUUUCUCCAUGAUAAUAAUUUAUUUGAGGAAUUUCAGUCAGGAUUUAGAGUGCAUCAUAGCACUGAGACAGCUCUAGUUAAAAUUACAAAUGACCUUCUGAUUGCUUCGGACAAAGGACUACUUGUUUUAUUAGAUCUUAGUGCGGCGUUUGACACAAUUGACCAUCAAAUUCUGCUGCAGAGACUGGAUCACUUAAUUGGCUUAAAAGGUUCAGCACUAAGCUGGUUUAAAUCUUAUUUAUCUGAUCGUUUUCAAUUUGUUGACGUUCGCAGUGAACCAUCCUUACGUACUAAAGUUUGUUUUGGAGUUCCGCAAGGUUCUGUGCUCGGACCAAUCCUAUUUACUCUAUAUAUGCUUCCUUUAGGUAACAUCAUUAGAAAUCACUCUAUAAAUUUCCAUUGUUAUGCGGAUGAUACUCAGUUGGAUUUAUCGAUGAAGCCAGAAGAAAGUAAUCAAUUAACUAAACUCCAUAACUGCCUUAAAGACAUAAAAACCUGGAUGAGCACCAAUUUCCUGAUGUUAAAUUCAGACAAAACUGAAGUUAUUGUUCUUGGCCCCAAACAACUCAGAGACUCUUUAUCUGAUGACAUAGUUUCUCUAGAUGGCAUUGCUCUGGCCCCUGCCACUACCGUAAGAAACCUCGGAGUAAUAUUUGAUCAAGAUUUGUCUUUUAAUUCUCAUUUAAAGCAUUUUUCAGAAUUAGUUCUCACACUCUGAGCCAAAAAUUUCAACUUUGAAGCCAGUUUUACAUGUUGGUCAGAAGUGGAACUACACCGUCCAGGUCUGUCACAUGAUGCCCUGCAGCCCAAAAAGACUUUUUCCCAUUGCCUCACAUUGGGAAAGAGACGUCUGUAAAUCAGUGGAUACAGUUUUUUUAUUUUUUUUAGUGUCACAGCCCCCGUGAAAUGUUUCGUUUCACUAUUGGGAUUUGAUCCAUUUGGUCCAACAACAUUUGGAAUGUCUAGAAAUGAUUUUAUCCCCAUUCAGCUCAGUGGAGUCCUAAACUGGAGUUUAGCUGCUCAGCUGUGUUUGCCAGUCAUUAGUCUCUGUGUCUGCUCUGUAGGCCCUGCACUAUGGAACAUCAGCUCCUUUCAUGCCAUGUUAAUUGAGCUUUUUUGGCUAAAUGCGCCACUGAGCAGCUUUCAUAGCAAUGAGCUUGGCCCCGCCUCCAACACUAUGUCCUGGUCUCUUCAUAGAUCCAUGACUGACCCAAACUUUAGUUUCAUUCUGAAGGUUUUCACAGAGGGGUUUGUUCUUAUAUGUCAGAGCCUGAUUUAUAGAACAUUUCGUAUUAUUAUAACAUAUUAUUUUAAUUUAUUUAUUUAUUUUUAUUCAAUGGCCAUUGACAGUGUUGUAUGAUUUAUGGUGUGAUAAAAAAUAUCCUAAAUGUGACUGUAAUAUGACAGAGUGAAACAAGAAUGUUUGACUUGGAUUUAUCUGAUAUUUGGAUUUCUGUUCUGGACAUGUAUGCAAAUUAGCACAUAUUUAAUUAGAUAAUGCCUCAAAUACAAUUUCAGAAGUCUUGCAACACAAAAAUAAAUCGUAAAGCUUCAGUGUGGAGGAUUCGGAGGCUGUUUACAUGUUGCCGGCUAUUUUCAUAAACGGACAUUUCACCGUCUCCGUUUUCAAAAAGAUCUUCAUUUACACUUACCCGUGUAUAUACGCACACGCACACGCACACGCACACACACACACACACACACACACACACACACACACACACACACACACACACACACACACACACACACACACACACAGGUUUGGUAACGAGAAGCUCAAACCUUACAUGUAUCCAUUGUCACCAUAGCAACAUAGGUUGCACUUUUGACACAGGCGCAAGUUACGGCGCACACUGUGACGUCGACUGCCUAUAACUCUGUUUAUCUCCGUUUAUCUCCAUUUAUCUCAGUUUACAUGCAAACGCGCAACCGGAGUUUUCCAAAAUCUCCACUCUGGCCAGAGACUUGUUUCAGAGGAGAAAUCUCUGUUUGCGUGUAAACGAAGGGCACAAACGAAGGAAGAUGUCUCCGUUUAUCAAAAUCACCGUGUACGUGUAAACGGCCUCUCAGGGGGAUAUAUUGGCAGAAAUGGAAUGUAAUAUCAAUUAGUUUUCUUUAGUGUAUAAUCAGCUGAAAAUAAGAAUCGUUCUCCUUACUUCAGAAUGAGACAUAUCUACACAGGGAGCAGGUUCUUGUCCACAGAGAUCACCAUGCUGCAUCGCCAUGUUUCUACAGUAGCCCAGAGCAGACAGACUUACACUGGCUCUAGACAGAGACAGUCAUGUUUUCGUGGUGGCACCGUGGUUAGAAGCCUAUCUGCAUUGAGCAGCAUCUGAUAACCACUGAUAUGUGACAUGAAACAUUUUUACUCAGUGUCUUUAUUGGUUUUAUUAGCAAAAGUUGUGAUGUGUAAAAACAGACUUGAUGGGGGAAACUUUGACUCAUGCAUACGGACAUUUUGGAGACAGGAAAUCGACGAUGCAGAUGGUGAGGUGGAAGCCUGAUUGUAGAAUUUGGCUUUUGUCCAUACGUCAUUUUUUGGUAUGGAUCUUACACUGUUUUCUAAAUGAGACUCUGGUCUGUUUGUUUUAGAGAGGAGGAGUUCUCUGUGGAUCAUUCAGCUCCUGGUAAAAACCUCCUGAACGAUGAACACUGAAAGAAUUCUAACCAGGAGACGUUUCAGCUGGUUGCAGUCAGUCACCACUAGACCCCACUUUAUCCCCCUAAAUCCAACACACUGAACCUUGGAGGGAAUCAACUGGGGAAGUUUCCUGGUGAUAUCUGUUAGUGAAAGUUUCACCCUGGCCACCUGUAAUGUCUUGUUUUGAGGGCUCACUUUGGGGUUUGGGUGUCAGAGGUUUGGUUUAUUGGUGCUGAGGGUAACUAAU